CUGGCGGGAGCCAAUGGCGUUCCAGCAGCGGGGCGGGAGGCGGCGACGGGUCAGGUGCUCUGCGCUGGGGCUCCGUGCAGGUGAGGCAACGGGAUCCUCCCGCGCCCCUGGCUCCCACCACCUUUCGGCCCCGAAGCCUCCAGGACUGACUGAUCGCAGCGCGCAUUAACUUAUGCUGAGCUGAUCAAGGACUUUGAAAAUGAUCCCAAGGUUCCUCGUGGUGUCUUGCAUACUGGCUGUCCUGUCUCCCUCAGCUACGCUUUCUCUCCACCCAGAACAGCAGAAGGUUCUGGUCGUUUCCUUUGAUGGAUUCCGCUGGGAUUACUUAUAUAAAGUUCCAACGCCUCACUUUCAUUAUAUCAUGAAGUACGGUGUCCAUGUGAAGCAGGUCACUAACGUUUUUAUCACAAAGACCUACCCUAACCAUUACACUUUGGUCACUGGUCUCUUUGCAGAAAAUCAUGGGAUUGUCGCGAAUGACAUGUUCGAUCCUAUUCUGAACAAGUCCUUCUCCUUGGAGCACAUGAAUAUUUAUGAUUCUGAGUUUUGGGAAGAAGCCACACCAAUAUGGAUCACAAACCAGAGGGCAGGGCACGCCAGUGGCGCAGCCAUGUGGCCAGGGACAGAUGUUAAGAUCCAUGAGACUUUCCCUACCUACUACCUACCUUACAAUGAGUCUGUUUCCUUUGAAGACCGAGUUGCCAAGAUCAUUGAAUGGUUUACAGCCAAAGACCCCAUCAAUCUCGGUUUUCUUUACUGGGAAGAACCUGAUGACACGGGCCAUGAUGUGGGACCUGACAGUCCUCUCAUGGGGCCUGUUAUUUCAGAUGUUGACCGCAAGUUAGGCUACCUGAUAAAAAUGCUGAAAAAGGCGAAGCUGUGGAGUAAUGUCAACCUAAUCAUCACAAGUGACCAUGGGAUGACCCAGUGCUCCAAAGAAAGGGUGAUCGAACUUGACCGCUAUCUGGAGAAAGACCACUAUACCCUGAUUGACCACUCUCCUGUAGCUGCCAUCCUGCCAAAAGAAGGUAAGUUUGAUGAAGUCUACGACGCACUGGCUGCUGCCCAUCCUAAUCUAACAGUCUACAAAAAGGAGGAGAUCCCGGAAAGAUGGCGCUACAAGCACAACGACCGCGUCCAGCCGAUCGUGGCUGUGGCUGACGAAGGGUGGUAUAUUUUGCAGAAUAAGUCAGAUGAUUUUCUGUUAGGCAACCAUGGUUAUGAUAACGCAUUAGCAGAAAUGCAUCCAAUAUUUUUAGCCCACGGUCCUGCCUUCAGAAAGAAUUUCACAAAAGAAGCCAUGAACUCCACAGAUCUGUACCCACUGCUCUGCAACCUCCUCAAUAUCACCGCCCUGCCACACAAUGGAUCAUUCAGGAGUGUCCAAGAUCUUCUCAGUUCCACAGCUCCCAAGGCAAUUCCUUACACCCAGAGCACCACACUCCCCCUUGGUAGUGACAAGCCAGGCGCGCAUGAGCAAGAGGAAUUGUACCCUUCCUACAUAGGCAUCUCUCUUGGCAGUAUUAUAGCCGUUGUGUUCUUUGUAGUUCUCAUUAAGCAUUUAAUUCACAGUCAAGUGCCUCCUUUCCGUUACAUGCAGGUUGAAGUGGCUCAGCCAUUACUGCAAGCUUAGGCCUUCUCUGGCAUGGAACUGCGAACGGAAGUGGAGGUUGCAAAAUUCUAUCAGUGGUGACCCUUCUGUGUCUAGGAAGCGAGUGACAGACAUCUGCCUAGGCCAUCAGGCAGUCAGUCCACACGUGGGCACAGUCAUACCUACAUACACGCACACGGUCAGAUGGACACAGUGCUGCCUGCAAAUGAUCAAAGAUGUAAGAGUGCCGCUCCGCGGCUUUCUCUGGCUUAGUAGGUAGAUCAUACACUCUGGGGUCGGCACAUACAAUGUACAUACUUAACAACUUUGCACUAUGGAAAGUACCUAAGACGCUGUACUUUACUCUCCUCGUAGGUACUUUUUCUCUGAAAUGCACUUUAUAACUAUGUCUAGUAACCUGGUUGAAAGUGACAACCAUUUGCAUCUCUGUCACCAAAUACUAGCAUUUCAUGUACAGACUGGAGGAAGUUUCUAGCAAUUGCUGAAUAAUGUAGAACUCUAUCUCCUUAAAUGUGAGGAGGAGAAGGAAGAGGA